UCAAGAACUUGGAAAAAAAAAAACUAACAUGUCUCAAGAAACAGAGAAAAACAAGAAUAAUGAAAACAAAACAACAGAUGAAAGAAUACGUGAUAUUAUGCAAAAUAAUGCUAACAUGACCAAAACAACAGACACACAUAUCAAAUCAACAAAUAAAUCUCUUUUAGAAACACCUACAAGUACUCUGAGUUUGUAA